AUGGCUGUUCGAAAACGGACUCCAGUUGCAAGUAAUGAGAAACCACUCAGAGAGACUCUCGUACCAUCUGUGAGCAUAUUAAACAGGAGUUAUAACGAUGGCUGCAAUGAUCAGGAAACGGACAGAGAUGUAGAGCCCGAGGGGUCUGCUGUCACAACGGCAACGCUACCACCAACAUUAUCUGCUGAAGACGAUGAUGGAGACUUCUCAAAAUGGAUGACAUCUCCAGACCUCAUCCGCGAAAAGCUCCCAUUUACGCCAGACGUCAUGUACAAUCUGAACAAUUUCCUGCUGGGAAGCCCCAACAUGAAUUCCCCGCAUCUGUUCCGCGCGGAUAUUUGGUAUGAUAGUGCUGGACAAUUGAAGACGCCAAGGGAGAAGGAGAGACUUGUUUUGGGCGUUGAGUCGGCUGGUCAAAGUGUCGAUGAUGAUUCAGGAUCAUAUACGGAAGCAGACGCGAAGAAAGCACCGCGUAUUUCGGGCUUUGAGUUGAAGCGUACUGUGAUCAGAGAGUUGAUUCCUAGAAGACCGCAGCUGGACAGGGCGUUGAAACAGACCUGUCUUUAUUAUGAAGGUGUUGCUUCGACUUCUUCGGUGCAGAGGGCGCUGUAUCUGUUCAUGCCGGAUUUGAAGGAGCCCGAAGAUGUGCCGUUCUACCAUCCACAAAUUCGCGGGUGGGGGUUUUUAUAUGACUACGAAGGAGGUGAAUCUAGCUUGUCGACACAGUCUGAAGAGUCAAAAGAUUUGCAACAUCAGGGGGAGAUGGGUUCAUCAGGAAAUGGAACACUGUCUCUUCACAUCCUCCCCUUUCCAGCAACAGAAGACUUCGAUCCAUUCCCAGUUCGCCUCGAGCGAAUCUUGCAAAAUCUGUUAUCAACACAAAUACGCCUGGCACGUAACACACGCCCUACAACAACAACACCACCACCAACAACAACAGACAUAUCAACCCAAUCCACCUCCCCCAACGUCACUUCUGCUACAACAGGCAAAAAACAAGAAGACGACAGCUACAACCCCGACAAAGACAACAUAAUCCCUCGGCACAUGGUCCAAAAUACAUACACCCGCCUUAAAACAACAUAUUCCCAAGACCUCUGUAAGCGAUGGGUCGAGAAUACAGAACCCUCCAAACACGUGUUUGAGGAUUUGGCCAUCACAGCGUUUUUGAUUGAGCUUUGGCGGAAUAUGUAUGGCGUUAUACCGCGGGCAGAACAGACGAAACAGGAAGAUGAAGAAGGAGGGAGGGAUGGGUCGGAGUUUGAGGGGUUUGUAGAUAUUGCGUGUGGGAAUGGGGUGCUUGUUUAUGUGCUUCUUAUGGAGGGUUAUAAAGGUUGGGGGUUUGAUGCAAGGAGACGAAAGACGUGGUCGAUUUUUCCGGAGUGGGUGCAGGAGAACCUUGAGGAGGCUAUCUAUAUUCCUAAGCCUUUUGCGGGGGAGUUUGCUUCGACUGGUUCUUCGACAACAUCCGAUGUCAAUGUUGGGGGUAUGUCAGUGGAUCAGCGGAUCCAAAGUCAUAAUGGCAUUCAAUACACCACCGGAAAUUUCCCGAAGAAGACUUUUGUCAUUUCGAAUCAUGCAGAUGAACUGACCGUCUGGACACCAUUGCUUGCCGCACUCGCAUGCCCAGAAAAGCCAUUACCAUUCCUCUCAAUACCAUGCUGUUCACACGCCCUCUCCGGCGCAAGAUAUCGAUACCGACCACCCAAGAAAGAGAAAAGCGCCACCAACACCACCAGGGAAAACACCGAAGAUACUCCUAACGACAAUCCUCAAACAGGCGACCUCAAAGCCCUCCGCGCCGCAAAACUGGCCGCCUGCACCUCCCAACCAGACUCCGACCCAAACUCCGCCGCAGUCCUGAACUCAAUGUAUGGCUCCCUAACAGCCAAGACCAUGAGUGUCGCUGCAGAGGUCGGGUUUGAUGUUGAGAAAACGCUAUUGCGGAUACCGAGUACGAGGAACAUGGGCGUUAUUGGGGGAAGAAGGAAUGCGAUUCUGAAGCGACAAGGGGUUACGCAGAAGUCGACGGGCGCGGAGACCAUUCGGCGGGCGAUUAACGAAGUUGUUGAGAGGGAGUGUGCGAUGGAUGAUGGUGUGAAUGCUGCUGCGAGGAUUUGGGUUGAGAGGGCGAUGGGACUGCAGAAGCCUGGAAAGAAGUCUUAG